CAAUCCAGCACCAAUACUGGCGGUGGAGGGCUUUUUGGCUCGAAUGCGCAGUCUAACACGAACACUGGCGGCGGAGGACUUUUUGGCUCGAAUGUGCAGUCUAACACGAACACUGGCGGAGGCGGACUGUUCGGUGCGAGCACAGCCCAGAACCAGAAUGCAGGCGCAUCCACCACUCAACAGCAACAACAGCCGCAGCAACAGCAAGCACUCAAGGCAUCUUCCUUCAACCCACAGACAGUCACCGUUGGCAAUCUAGGCCACACCAUGACCCACGCUCAACUGCAGCGACUCCAAUUCAGCGGCGCAUCGACAGUGCCGAACGAGAAGAGCAUCACAAAGCAGAUCCAAACGGUGAAAGACAAAUGGAAUCCUGCACUGCCAAAGCAACUCGAUCCGAACGCGCCAAACAAUAUUCCGACUACAAUUCUCAAGACGUACUUCUACAAUGCCGCUGCAAAAGAGUAUGCCCCAUUCUUCUACCCAGAUGAGAGCAGAGGCGAGGAUGAGAAGAGCUGGGAAGAAGCACUCAGCCAACGACCAGAGCUACCCAAAAUUGAUGGCCAGGAAGUAACUACGCUGACCUAUGUCCCCGUCCUUUGCGUCGGCUUUCAAGCACUAGGCCAACGAGUCGAAACGCAAGCAAAAAUCAUCGAACAAAUGCGCAUCCGUCUCCACGAAAUGAACAACUCAUUAUCAGCAGUCAUGGCCGCCCACCAACAACGCAUCACAGUAAAAAUCAACAACGUCAAGAAGCAACACCAAGUCCUCUCCCAACGCUGUCUCCGACUCGCAGUCAAGGUCCAAGUUCUUCGCAAUCGAGGCUACGCGCUCGACCCACAGGAAGAGAGUUUGAGAAGAACUCUCCUCGAUCUAGAAAAGCAAGUCACGGAUCCAGGCUUCAUCGGCAGGGAAGACGAGAUCUGGGCACGGAUGGUCGCACUUCGAGAGCGAGCUCGUUGGUUAGAAGAGGAAGGAAAGCGAGUCGCAGGACAAAUCCAAGACCAGAGUCGGAAUUCUGGUAAGCAGGGUGGUGUUUCAGAGGAAGUCCUGGCGAAGACGAGGAAGAUUUUGAAGGAUUAUGAUGGGCAGUUGAGGCAUUUGGUCAAGGAGAUGGAAGAUGUGAAGGAGGAAUAUGCGGCGUGGGAGGAGACGCAGAGAAGUCGGUAA